UAAAUCGGAGAGUGGAUGUUGCCGCACUGCACUUCCAGGCACAGGACGCGGCCCCAGCGGAAGUGCUCCAAUUCGCCGCUUAGGCUUUGAGUCUUCGCCUUCUGGCCUUUACUCCAGCGGCGGCGCCCGCGGCAGGUCAUGGGCCGCAGCAGGAGCCGUUCCCCACGGAGGGAGCGUAGGCGAUCCCGUUCUACAUCCAGAGAGAGAGAGAGAAGGCGUCGAGAACGGUCCCGAUCCCGAGAGAGAGAUAGGAGGAGGAGCCGUUCUCGCUCUCCACAUAGGAGGAGGUCCAGAUCCCCAAGAAGGCAUCGAUCUUCCUCUCCUUCACCUUCCCGGCUAAAAGAAAGGAGGGAUGAUGAGAAGAAAGAAACUAAAGAAACAAAAAGCAAAGAACGUCAAAUUACUGAAGAAGACUUGGAAGGCAAAACAGAAGAAGAAAUUGAAAUGAUGAAAUUAAUGGGAUUUGCUUCCUUUGACACCACAAAAGGGAAAAAAGUUGAUGGUUCUGUAAAUGCAUAUGCCAUAAAUGUGUCUCAGAAGAGAAAGUACAGGCAAUAUAUGAAUAGAAAAGGUGGAUUCAACAGACCUUUGGAUUUUAUUGCUUGAUGUCUAGAUUGUACUGUUGAAGAGUGAUUUCUCCACCACUUGGUCACAACAGAGGAUAGUGUAUUUAAUUGUGUAUCAAAAACAGGAUGUCUCUUCUCUCUUCCUGAAGAGCAAGAUAAUCUUAUUUAUGAAGUGUCUCGGAAUACUCGCCCUGCUUCAAAGGAAGAAAGAUUUACUUCUUUCUUUUAGAAAAAUCUCAUUUUGGGAAUUUUUCAAACUCUUUUCAAUUAUUUCUAUUCCUGUGGAAGCCAUUUGCUUUAUGGACACCUUUCCCCACCCCAAUCCUCUGGACUUUUUUUUUUUAAAUAAUCUGUUGUUGGAUUCAAGUUGUCCCAAAUAAAGUAUUUCUCUUUAUGGUUCAAAUAUUUUGAUCACUGGAAAGUUUGACCAAGAAAUAUUUAUGUUUCUGAUUGCCCAAGAAAUAGGAGGAAGAAUAUAGUUUGGGAUUUUUAAAUAGAAUUAAAUUUUGGCAUCUGUGUUCUGAUAA